AUGUUAUUUCUGGUGUAUCUCGCACUUCAAUCUUUUAUUCCUUUAGGAUUAUCAGCAAUUAUUCAAUCGCUUUCUAUAGGAACACAACUUGCGUGAUAUUUCCCAGAUAACUCAACUAUAACAUUUUACUAUUUACUGCCCACAGAAUACGUAGGGACUUCAAACUGGGAAUGAAUUGGGAUCGGAUUCCUUCCCUCAUCCUCUAGCUAUGCUAUGACAGGGGCUGAUAUUAUUACAAUUGAAACCUCUUCAGGGCAAACUGAUGAUCGUUUUGCUAGUGAUAAUGGUUAUCCUUCUUUAGACACAUCAAAUGGUGGGAAAAAUAGUCUUCAAGAGACACAGCAGUUGAUAAUGGAUACAUAUACAGUUUAUUCCUGGACCAGGCAAUUAAAUACUGAAGAUAAUGAUGAUCUCAGUUUACAAAUAAAUGGACAAUAUUUAACAAUUUCAGCAAAAGGGAAUAUUGCUGGUGGGGAUAUUGCUCAGCAUAGCAGCUCAGGAACAAGCAGUGAUUCUAUCGUUUUAGCCUAUGAUGCAAGCCCUUUGACUCAAGCUACUGUUAGCCAAAAUACUAAUGGCGAAAGUCAAAGCACUAAUACAAAUAACGAUACAACUACAGAAAAUUCUAGCUCAAGUAUAUAUAUAUCGGUUGCUUUUAGCCUUGGAUUUAUUUUUUAA